UUUGCUUUCAACCGUUCAUUUAUUCAAUUAUUUUAAUUUUUCUGAAUUCGAGAUUCUGAAAUUUUGGAGUCAUUCUCUCUCCUCCCCAUUCGCUAAUUAUUGAUAGCCCCAACGUACGAGAUAUUUCAAUAAUUUUCAUAACUUUUUAUUUUAUUUUUAAUUUGCAAGAACACUAUUUUAAUUUAUGAUACCCUCAAAAUAUUGGAAUUUUAGCUCAGAAAAGAAAUAAUAUCUUCAGUCAUUGUACCACAAUAAAGAUUAUUGGUGGUAAAGCUGAAGAUUUCUGGUUUUAGGAGAAAUGGUGAAUUUAGGAAUAUUAUCCAGUGAAAAUGCAAUCAAAUCAGUGAGUGUCAAUUUCAGAAUACCAUAUUUUACUCACUGGGGUCAGAGCUUACUUGUUUGUGGGUCAGUUCCAUCACUUGGUUCAUGGAAUGUGAGAAGGGGUCUGUUGUUGAGUCCUAUAAGUCAAGGUAGUGAGCUCAUAUGGGGUGGGAGCAUUGAAGUUCCGAGUGGGUUCGAGUGCGAAUACUCUUACUAUGUAGUGGAUGAUGAUAAGAAUGUUCUGAGGUGGGAAAUGGGGAAGAAGAGGAAGCUUUUGUUGCCAUCAAGCAUACAGGAUGGAGAAAUUGUUGAGUUUCAUGAUCUUUGGCAGACUGGUUCAGAUACUCUACCUUUCAGUAGUGCAUUCAAGGAUGUCAUCUUUCGUAAUAGCUUAAGCUUGACCAUUGAGAGGCCCCUUGGUGUCCUACAGAAUGAAUUAAGUCUUGAAGAUUCAGUCCUCGUACAUUUCAAAAUUUGCUGUCCUAACAUAGAUGAAGGGACAUCUGUUUAUGUGAUAGGCAGUCCUCAAAAGCUGGGGCAGUGGAAGACCGAGGGUGCUCUAAAGCUCAGUUAUGCUGGUGAAUCUAUUUGGCAGGCAGACUGUUUGAUGGGAAAAGAGGAUUUUCCUAUAAAAUACAGAUAUGGAAAAUAUGAUAAGGCUGGAAAGUUUGCGAUUGAGAUAGGGUCAAAUAGAGAGCUUUCAGUGGAAGCAUUGAGUAAUAAAGCAAGAUAUAUCUUCCUCUCAGAUGGGAUGAUAAGGGAAAUGCCAUGGCGAGGAUCUGGCAUGGCAAUCCCUAUGUUCUCAAUUCGAUCAGAAGAUGAUCUUGGAGUUGGGGAGUUUCUUGACCUGAAGUUACUUGUUGACUGGGCUGUUGCCUCAGGCUUCCAUUUAGUUCAACUUUUGCCGAUCAAUGACACCUCUGUACAUGGAAUGUGGUGGGAUUCAUAUCCUUACAGCUCUCUGUCUGUAUUUGCAUUGCAUCCCUUGUAUCUGAGAGUUCAAGAACUUUCUAAGAAAAUUCCUGAAGAAAUUAAGCUUGAGAUUGAGAAGGAAAAAGAAAGACUGGAUUUAAAGCAAGUUGAUUAUGAUGCUACAAUGACUACCAAGCUUUCCAUUGCUAAGAAGAUUUUCACCCUGGAAAAGGACCUGAUACUCAAGUCUUGUUCUUUUCAGAAGUUCUUUUCUGAGAACGAGGAGUGGCUGAAACCUUAUGCAGCCUUCUGUUUUUUGCGGGAUUUCUUUGAAACCUCAGAUCAUAGUCAGUGGGGCCGUUUUUCCGAAUUUUCGAAAGAGAAGCUUGAGAAACUUGUCUCAGAAGACAGUCCCCACUACAACAUUAUUUGUUUUCACUAUUACAUACAAUUUCAUUUGCACUUACAGCUGUCAGAAUCUGCUCAAUAUGCAAGGAAAAAAGGAGUAGUGCUGAAAGGAGAUCUUCCAAUUGGUGUGGACAGAAAUAGUGUCGACACCUGGGUCUACCCAAAUUUGUUUAGGAUGAACACAUCAACUGGUGCACCACCUGAUUAUUUUGAUAAAAAUGGGCAGAAUUGGGGUUUUCCAACGUAUAAUUGGGAAGAGAUGUCAAAAGACAACUAUGGAUGGUGGCGUGCUCGUUUGACUCAGAUGGCGAAGUACUUUACAGCUUAUAGAAUUGAUCAUAUAUUGGGUUUCUUUAGAAUUUGGGAAAUGCCAGACCAUGCUAUGACUGGACUAGUUGGGAAGUUCAGACCAUCAAUUCCCUUGAGCCAGGAAGAGCUUGAAAAAGAGGGGAUAUGGGACUUUGACCGGUUGAGUCGUCCAUACAUUCGACAAGAGUUUUUGGAGGAGAAAUUUGGUUCUUCUUGGUCAGUUGUUGCAGCUCUUUUCCUAAACGAAUGUCAUAAGGGGCAUUUUGAGUUUAAGGAAGAUUGCAACACUGAGAAGAAGAUAGCUUCCAAGCUCAAGGAAUGCACAGGGAAAUCGUUGUUGCUUGGAACUGAAGCCGAGCUAAGGCACAAUCUGUUUGAUCUUUUACGGAAUAUAGUUCUGAUCAGAGAUCCAGAAGAUGCUAGCAAAUUCUAUCCUCGUUUCAAUCUUGAGGACACUACAAGUUUUAAAGAUCUAGAUGAUCACAGUAAAAAUGUUAUGAGAAGAUUGUAUUAUGAUUAUUAUUUCCAACGGCAAGAAAACCUUUGGCGCCAAAAUGCUCUGAAAACCCUGCCAGCCCUCUUGAAUUCAUCAGAUAUGUUGGCUUGUGGUGAAGAUUUGGGGAUGAUUCCUUCUUGUGUUCAUCCUGUCAUGCAAGAGCUCGGAUUAAUUGGCUUAAGGAUUCAGCGUAUGCCAAAUGAGUCUGAUUUGGAGUUCGGCAUUCCUUCCCAAUAUGGGUAUAUGACAGUAUGUGCUCCAUCGUGUCAUGACUGCUCUACUAUGCGUGCUUGGUGGGAAGAAGAUGAAGAGAGAAGACGUCGAUUUUUCAAGACUGUCGUGGGAUCAAAUAAGCUAUCACCCAGCAAAUGCACACCAGAAAUCUCUUAUUUUAUCAUACGCCAGCAUGUUGAAGCCCCUUCAAUGUGGGCUAUUUUCCCUCUCCAGGAUCUACUGGCCUUGAAAACUGAUUACACAACACGCCCUGCAACUGAGGAGACAAUCAAUGAUCCCACUAAUCCGAAACAUUACUGGAGAUUCCGUUCCCAUGUUACCUUAGAAACAUUGCUGAAGGACCAGGAACUGAAGACUGCAAUUAAAGACCUUGUACGUAGCAGUGGGAGAUCAUAUCCUCGUGAUGAUGACGAAACACUAGCUGCUUCAAGCAAAGGGAAUCAGCCGAAUGCAUUAGCAUCGAACAUAGUCCAGUCGAAUGGUGUCUCACAAAAGGAGGCAGUGGCAGUUCUGUAAAGAUUUUCUUGUAAGAACAACUAGGGCAGUUUGCCCAAAAAAAAACACCGAAAAAUCAACAAUCAUCAUGUAGUAAUAAUUUGUAAUUCUGUAGACAAUCUGGUACAUCCAAUCUUUCUUUUGGAUGAAAUUGAAUAAAAUUCUUUGAUAUUAGUCUAAUAUUUACCAGAUUUCACUGU